AUGCAGGGGCGAGUAGGGGACGGACCUGCAGGAGCCGGUGCUUGUUUCGUCGGGAGGUUUCUUUCAGUAGCGGCGCCGACAUCCCGUCAAUCGUUCCGUUACAGUGGCGGUCGACCCCCUCCUUCUGGGCAGACGCCGCAGGAGAGUGGCAGUGAGGAGGAGGAUGAGGAGGAGGUGGGUGAGGGCGCGGAGGAUGAGGACGAUGAGGGGAGCGGGGAUGACAGUGAGGUCGGGUGGGAUCCCGAGACGCAUGGCGGUGGGGAAGGGGGGGGUGAUGAUGAUGAAGACCACGAGAUGGAUGGGUUGGAGCCAGAGGAGGUGGAGGAGGAGGUGGGAGAGGGUGGUAGAGGGGCGGCGACAGAGGCGGCCUCACAGCAUGUCGCUGAAGGAGGAGGGAGCGUGGGGGUGGGGGUUAAGGUGGGGAGAAAGCGGGCGUUCGUUGCGGGGCCGAAGCGGAGGAAGAGGGCGAACAAGUUGAGGGAGCGAACAACUGUGCCAAUCCGUCUCCAAUCCAUCCCCUUGCCGUUGAAAACCCUCUCUUUCAUCGUCUCCACCCCCCUCCAGUUUCGGGAGCUAUUGAUCCUGCUAAACCACAACUGCGCGCAGAAGAACUUCAUCCCCUCACGCUGUACGGUAUCCUGCGACACCGUGGUCUUUGCAACAGCCGCUCUAGAGUCCGCCAUUGCGGAGAUGCUGGCGAAGGAGGGGGAGUUGGGGUGCAAGGUGUCGUUCACCAUCGACAUGUGGACGGCACCCAACGGCAAGGCAUGGCUAGUGGUGACGGGUCACUGGAUAGACGAGAACUUCCAGCUGCGCACAGCAGUGCUUGAGUUCCGCGAAAUGCUCGGGCGUCAUGGGGGCAAGGAGAUGGCGCAGGUGGUAGAGGAGACGUUUGUGCAGUGGGGGUUGGAGGGGCGUUGUCUUGGUUUCACGACAGACAACGCCUCUAUCAACAUUGCCGCCUUCAGGCGGAUGUCGGAGGAGGGUGGUGGUCAGUGCUUCUUCAACUCCCGCAUGCACUUCCGGUGCUUGGCACACGUGAUCAACCUUGCAGUGCAGGCGGCGCUGGCUGUGGAUUCCAUACGACGGUUGUUGAAGAUACUGAGAGAGAACCCCAUCACAGUCUUCUUUGCCCAGACACAGAGCUUGUUGAAGGCCGACAAGAAGAAGGUCGAGAGUCUGCGCCUGACAGACGCGGACUGGUGUUAG